AUGGGGAAUCAUGUUACCCGAGACGACUUCGAGUGGGUCUACACGGAGCAGCCCCACACACAGCGCAGAAAGGAGAUUCUGGCAAAGUAUCCAGAGAUAAAGACUCUAAUGGGACCAGAUCCACACUUAAAGUGGAUUGUAUCUGGAAUGGUUUUCAUGCAGUUUCAAGCAUGCUACAUGAUAAAAGAAUUAUCUUGGAAAUGGAUUUUCUUCUGGGCUUAUGCUUUUGGGGGUUGCAUCAACCAUUCGCUGUCCCUAGCCAUCCAUGACAUUUCACACAAUGUCGCCUUUGGGAACAAGCAGGCCAAGUGGAACCGAUGGUUUGCAGUCUUUGCCAACUUGCCGAUUGGCAUCCCUUAUUCUGCCUCCUUCAAGAAAUACCACAUUGACCAUCAUCGAUACCUUGGUGGGGACAGCCUGGAUGUGGACAUUCCAACAGACUUUGAAGGCUGGUUCUUCUGUACACCACUUCGGAAACUGCUUUGGCUUUUCCUCCAACCUCUGUUCUACAGUUUGAGACCACUGUAUGUGAACCCUAAGGCAGUAACACAGAUGGAAAUUUUUAAUGCUCUCAUCCAGUUUUCUAUAGACCUUAUAAUCUACUACCUUUGGGGGCUCAAACCUAUUAUUUACUUAAUAGCAGGUACAAUUCUUUGCAUGGGUAUACACCCCAUUUCUGGGCACUUCAUAGCAGAACACUACAUGUUCUUAAAAGGGUAUGAGACUUACUCUUAUUACGGACCUCUGAACUGGCUCACCUUUAAUGUAGGCUACCACAUGGAGCAUCAUGACUUCCCCAGCAUUCCUGGAUGCAGGUUGCCAAUGGUGAAGAAGAUUGCAGCAGAAUAUUACGAUAACCUCCCACAUCACCAGUCCUGGAUUCGAGUUCUGUGGGACUUUGUUUUUGAUGACACUAUUGGCCCUUAUUCAAGGGUUAAGAGGCUAUGCAAGCUGGCAAAAGAAAGCUAA